AUCCCCAGAUCCCCAGCUCCCUCCUCCUUGUGUUUUCUGCUCACUUGCGUUGCCUAGUUAAACAAGAGAGGGUUGGCUCUCAUUGGCUCUCGGGAAGAGCCGUUGCCUAGCUACUCGCGGGGCAUGCUUAACACCUGCGGGGUAGCUUAAGUGGACAAAGAGAAUAGUUUUGGACGAAGAAGAAGAGGUGCAUAUACACUGUGAAAAGAGAAGCAAGCUUACCAGAGAAAAAUACCUUUUAAGUUCAUUCUGGAAAGGGAAAAGGUGGGCUCGAAGCAUCCAGGGUCAGGGUGUGAGUGCCCCUGCCAGCCUUGAACCAUGGCCAUACUGAGCAUCAAGCCUGGCCAGCGUUUCCGGCUCCCUGACUGGCACAUUAACAGCUACUUGCUUUCCUCUAAUGCUGAGCAGCAGAGGGAUGCCUCACACCAGAUCAGACAAGAGUGCCGCAUCCUUCGCAACGAGACCAACAACCAGACCAUAUGGGAUGAACAUGACAACCAGACCCGCCUAUCAGAGCGCAUAGAUUCUGUUGACCGAUGGAAGGAGAUACUAGACAAAUGUCUGACUGACAUAGAUGCUGAGAUUGAUGCCAUGACACAGAUGAAGGAGGCAGCAGAGAGGGCCCUGCAGGCCAAGAACCUCCCUCUGGAUGUGGCAAUUGAGUGCCUAACGCUGCGGGAGAGCCGGCGGGACAUUGAUGUGGUGAAGGAUUUUGCAGAGGAUGAGCUACACAAGGAAGUGGAGGUGAUUGAUUGUGCCAAGGAGGCCCUGCAGCAGAAGAUCAGAGAGGUUUUUGAGCAGCUUUGUCUUCUUCAAGAGGCAAGGCAGCAACUGAACUCUGACCAUCGAGGCAAGAUGGAAGCACUUGAGAUUGACCGUGUCUGCCUCUCACUCAAUGUUCACUCUCCCAACAUCUCCCUGAAGGUCAACCCUACCCACAUUCCCAAUGGCUCUUGCACGAUACAGCAGUGGGAUGAGUACAGUCACUACAACAAGGACCGAGCAGAGGCUGAGAGGAAGGCUUCUGCAGAUCUGCGUGAAGCUACAGCCCUUACCAUUGCUGAGACCAACAAUGAAUUGGAAGCCCAGCGUGUGGCCACUGAGUUUGCCUUCAGAAAGAGGGUUCGAGAACUAGAGAGGGCCCUGAAUGAGCUCAAGUGGCAGGAGAAAAAUACCUUGGAAGAAAUUGCAGAGUUGGAGGAGGACAUCCGACGGCUAGAGGAAGAUCUACGAGUAAAGAUGAAGAAUCUGAAGCUAGCGCACACCCGGCUAGAAACCCGAACAUACAGACCCAGUAUGGAGAUGUGCAGGGACCAGGUACAAUAUGGGCUCACUGAUGAAGUGCACCAGCUGGAAGCUACCAUAGCCACCCUGAAGCAGAAACUGGCCCAGUCACAGGAUGCCCUAGAUGCCCUUUACAAGCAUCUGGCCCGGAUCCAGGCUGACAUCGCCUGCAAGUCCAACUCUUUGCUGCUGGACAACAAGUGUUUGGACACCCGACGCAAGCUGACGGUACCAGCUGAGAAGUUUGUGCCGGAGUCCCCAGUCUACCUCAGCAUCCUAUUAUUGAGCCCACGUCUCUCAUCGUGUUCAAUUCUACAAAUGUUUAUAAAAUGCCUACUGGAUGGAAGACUUCUUCAUCGGACACUUUUCCCAUCUCGUGGCACUCAUGGAAACCUAGCUUCCUCUGGAAGACACUGCAUCUGUGGCUCCCCUCUCUGGUACUAGAUACUCCUUCCCCAGUGCUCCCCCAACAGACUGGGCUAAAGGGAGGCAUGGGCAUACUUUUCUGCUCUUCACUGUCACUCCCAGACUAUCACUUUGCCACCAUAAGCAAUCUCUCUUUGGAGGCUUAUUUCCCUUGACUGUGUCACCUGGCCAGAUCUUUGUCACAGUCAUUUAUCUUGCACAUGGUAGUAGUAGCUUAGUGAAAGCUGCAUGGAAUUGCCAGGCAUCAUAUUCAGCACUGCAGAAAGAUAAAAAGGGAAAGAGGUCUGCCCACAAGGAGCGAGACAUUAGUAUGAUGUGUGUUAAUAAAGAUGAAGUGACUUGA